GCUCGGAGGAUUGAGGGAAUCACUUCCAUCAGGUCUAGAAACGUAAUAGAAAAGUCUUAUCAAGAACAGCGAAGUAUAUCUACUAAGCAUCAAUGAAUCAUGGGAGAAGCCAUGUCCCUACGUCCGGUCUCGCUGGUUGCUCUUGUCGGCAUUACUACCGGUGUUUUCGUUGUGAUUGUAGAGCAAACUCUGCACAUUGGGGGCGUGAACUUAGUGCAUGGGCAGAAUGUGGAUGACCUUUACUUCAUCUACGUGUUGUUAAGGCAACCAAAAGAGCAUUCCCAAUGCCAACACCCUCCCUGGCUUCUUUUUCAAGUAGAAAAAGGGCACGGAGAUGGUCUCAAGGAUGCGACUAUGGUAACUCUAAGGCUGCAGGGAUUUUACGUUUUUGCGAUGACUAUCUGCCUCAUCGACCUCUACACGCACAAAAUCCUACUGAAAGAAGAGGCACAUCCCAUCGCAUCUUCGAACCUCCAAGCGUCCGCUGCGAGGAUCGUGAAUAUCGUGUACGCGUUAGGGCUUAUUUUUUUCCUUGUUUUGCCGCCAGCAUUUGCGCUGGGCAUCGAGUUCUUCAGCAGAGUUACAGAUGAUCUCCCUGUGGGAACGUUCCUGAGCGUGGUUCCACCGACCUGCCUGUUGCUGUUGUUCUUCCUCGACUACGACAGGUUUUGCAGGCGCAUGGGGAGCACCGUAUUUCUCCCGGCUUUGAUUCUUGCCUACGACGGAAAAUUAGCCUCAACUGCUGCGGGAAAACUGCGAGCACCGGGAACCAUUGCCCUGUUGCAGUUUUACUUGAUGUCAAUUUACCUGCACAAGACACUUAGUCGUCGAAGAACUUUAGACGUCAACAGGAAUGCAACAUCACGGAGCUACAUACGACUUAUCGUGGAGCUUCUCGCAUUAUUUCUGCUGUUUCUUUCACCUCUCGCAGUGAUGAGUCUAUCGGGAGAGAUCCAGCUCUUGACUCUAAACGGUCCAUGGUACGCGUUCCUGCCAAUCUACGCGUCUUUGCUGUUGCUGACAGUUUGUCACCAUAUACUACCGGUCUGGACAGACCUUCUGAGUGGCUCUUCAGCACCAGCAGAAAGUCCUUCCACUCCUCAACAGCAUCCGUUCAAAAGCGACCUCACUCUCUUGGAAAAUGCGUUUCACUUUCUGCUGUUAUUCUACGUUUUUUCGCAUGCCUGGUGGGGCCUCGCUUAUCGCGAUUGGCUGCUGGGCUUGCCGCAGGUUCCAAUGCUUGUGCUAGGACUUGCACUGUUGCACGGAGUUGCACUGGGGUUGUUUGGGAAAAACGCGCCGUUGGUGCGCAAUUCUGUCACGGCAGAAGAAACAACUUUGCUGGGUAAACUGCUUCUGGGAGAAGAUGGAAAAUGACCUAUGAAUAAGUGUCUGUCAUCCAGGGAACACAGAAGUUGUUUGGAUGCGUAUUUCCUGUACAGAAAUCGCUCUUCUUCACUGAUUGUUACACUAGACAAGGUUUGUAAUCGGCAGAUAGAGACCGCUCGGAAGAGUUGGCAAAAUGCGAGCCGCG